UCUGAAUCCCCUCCGCCAUUCUAGCUUUUGGCUGCCCCAAACCAACCCUCUGUGUCUGAGUAAGGCAGCGCUUUGGGGACACAAAUAUUCCCUCUUCUUUGGGCUUCGCCUUGUACUUCUUCGUUCCCAGGGCAAAUCUGGGGCGGCAAGUAUUAGUGUCUCCAUUGCGCUGCUGCCCAGGAGAUAGAAGGCUGAGCCCCGCGCAGAGUUCAGGCUGACUGGGUCCUGGGCCCAGCGAGAAGCUGCCGCUGCCCGGAUGUUGCGAUGGCUGAUCGGGGGAGGCCGAGAACCUCAGGGACUGGCCGAGAAAUCUCCCUUACAGACAAUAGGUGAAGAACAAACCCAGAAUCCCUACACUGAACUGCUUGUACUGAAAGCUCAUCAUGAUAUUGUACGGUUUCUGGUACAGUUAGAUGAAUACAGGUUUGCAUCUGCGGGUGAUGAUGGAAUUGUAGUUGUGUGGAAUGCCCAGACAGGAGAAAAACUUCUGGAACUUAAUGGGCACACUCAGAAGAUAACAGCCAUUAUUACAUUUCCUUCCUUGGAAGUUUGUGAAGAAAAGAAUCAACUGAUCUUGACAGCCUCUGCUGAUAGAACAGUUAUUGUAUGGGAUUGUGAUACUGGCAGACAAGUUCAGAAAGUAUCAUGCUUCCAGUCUACUGUAAAGUGCUUAAUUGUUCUUCAGAGACUAGAUAUUUGGCUCUCUGGUGGGAAUGACCUACGUGUGUGGAAUCGAAAGUUAGAUCUCCUAUGUAAGACCAGCCACCUUUCUGAUACAGGGAUCAGUGCUUUGAUUGAAAUACCUAAGAACUGUGUUGUGGCAGCAGUUGGCAAAGAACUGAUAAUUUUCAGGUUGGUAACACCAACAGGAGAAUCACUGGAAUGGGAUAUUCUUGAAAUUAAGCGCCUCCUUGAUCACCAGGAUAAUAUUCUCUCCUUGGUUAAUGUCAAUGAUUUGAGUUUUGUAACUGGCUCCCAUGUUGGAGAAAUGAUCAUCUGGAAUAUUCUGGACUGGACAGUGCAGGCCCGUGAAUGCAACUUCUGGGACCCAUCUCCACAGCUGGACACCCAACAAGAAAUAAAACUCUGUCAAAAACCUAAUGACAUUUCUAUUCAUCACUUCACAUGGGAUGAAGAGAAUGUAUUUGCUGCCGUUGGAAGGGGUUUAUAUGUGUAUAACCUUCAAAUGAAGCGUGUGAUUGCUUGCCAGAAAACUGCCCAUGACUCCAGUGUCCUGCACAUUGCCAAACUUCCAAACAGGCAGUUAAUCUCAUGCUCGGAAGAUGGCAGUGUACGCAUUUGGGAGUUAAGAGAAAAACAGCAGCUUGCAGCUGAACCUGUACCAACAGGUUUUUUUAACAUGUGGGGAUUUGGAAGAGUAAACAAACAAGCCAGCCAACCUGUUAAAAAGCAACAGGAAAAUGCCACUCCGUGUUCAUUGGAGCUUAUUGGAGAUUUGAUUGGACACUCCUCAUCUGUGGAGAUGUUUCUGUACUUUGAAGAUCAUGGACUAGUGACUUGUUCUGCUGAUCAUCUCAUUAUUUUGUGGAAAAAUGGAGAAAGAGAAUCUGGAUUGCGCAGUUUAAAAUUAUUUCAAAAACUGGAGGAGAAUGGUGACUUACAUCUUGCUGUGUAGUUGAAGGAAUUUGGAAUACUUGUGCAUGAACCUUGAACAUCAAAUAUAGGGUAAUACUCAAAUUUGUAUUAUUUAUUUUUUAGUAAUCUCCACACCCAGUGUGGGGCUUGAACUCAAAACCCUGGGCUCAAGAGUCAUAUGUUACUCCAUAAAAUUCUGGUUGAAUUUUUUUUUUUUUUUGGUGGGCCUGCAAACCAGCAGCAACUUGCUUCUCAGGUAUUUAACUUAAGAAAUGGGUCUAAUUUUAGCAGUGAAUUUUCACAAGUACUCAGAUCAGAGCACAAAUAUUGGUUGAUACAGAACUAAAUUAUAUAUGGCAUCUGUAUAGAAAAUUUUUUAAUUAGGCUUAAAGAAAAUUCUAUACCAGAAAUUGUACAAGCUUAUGUUUAACAAAGAAAAGUGCUCGGACCUCUCACUCCCUUUAUUUAGCAUACUUUUGUUGCCUCUACAUUACCACCAAAAAUUAAUUUUUUUAAAAGGUACAUGUACUUUUUUUGUUGGUGGUGCCAAAUCAAUCAUUUUUUAUUUUAGUUUACUACAAUUCCUCUAAACUCAGAUCAAUAGGAAUCUUAUGAGGGUAUAUUCCCCCCACCCCCGCCAAAUAACUGUUAGCUAGAUUGGUACUAGACCAGCACCUGCCCUUCAUAGAGGCCAGGGAUGACAGCUAGGUCACUAAAGACUUCUGUCACAGGUCAGAGACGGUGAGCCCAAAGUGCUUUAUUUGUCUUACCACUGCUUCAGAUAGGAAACACUUGAGAAUGACUUCAUUUGUGUAGUUACUUGCAGUGACCACUCAGAUUUAAUCAUCUUCCUCACCACAGCAACCUUAAAACAGAAUACUUUCCUCCCUUUGGGUACUAAAGAAUAAAAGUUUAAAAAGAAAAGUGGGUGACGCUUCCCCUUUCUGCUGACUCAUGUGUUCAGCCCAUACAGCCUAAAUGGAAUCUUUAUAAACUGUUGUUUCCCCAACCAUCCACAGAUGAAAAGACCUAAAGUCAUCUGUGCCACACCAGUGCCCUAAUAUUAGGAAUGAGUAAAGGUAAGCGAUACUAUUAUUUUUAAUUCACCAUGAAGAUAGCUUUAUGGAGAAAUAUAUUAAAAUCUCUCUGCCAGCUUUCUAAGUUUUCAUCCUAAAGUUAGAGCAUGAGUAGUAUCCCUAAACCAGGCAGACAUGCAUUCUAGUCUUAGUGCAUCAUAUUGUUUAUCACUUUAGUUACGUGUCUCCAAGUCAUUUUCAGGCUUUUAAAUUUUCCUCUAUAGAUGGACUUUCUUCCAUUACUAGCUAGCUUUUUCUUUGGAAAUUCUACAUGAGGUCUUGAGUUGUGUAAGACCUCUUCAAUGAAUUAUACAAGGAAUUCAUAGAUUUUUAACUGCUUUAUUUCCUAAUAUGUUUUGGGAUAGCAUUUUCAGGUAGUAAUCUAUUCCUACGGAGUGAUGGAAACCAUAGGUGAAAGCUCCCACUCAGAAAGAUGGGAGAUUGUAGUAACAGCCCAGACUGGACUGCUGCUAAAAAGUUGAACUUGCAACAAGUUGCAGGCCCUUAUGGCCUCUUCCUCUGGCUGUAUUCACAUAAUACAAUCAAGAGCUUAGAUUUCUGAGGCACUGUAUUAUUCCUUUCUCAGCUUGAGGCUGGUUCUUUGCCCCCAAGACUAACCAGCCCUGAGUUGCUUAGACAGCCAGCCAAUUUUAUAAAGUAAAAUUGGAAAUAAAGAAUGGCCUUCAUGGUACUAAGGGUCUUCUCCCUGUAUUAGAUUAGAAUUUUUCUAAAUUAAUAUGGCUCCCCUUAACGCAGAAUGUUUUGGUAAACAACUAAGUAUAAAGUAUACCUUCUGCAAGACUGUAUUUCUAAUAAAUUGACUGUAUGGAGGAAUGCAAUAUUGAGUUAGCAAUUCAGAAGAUUACUCCACAAUAGAGGACACUGAUAAAGGACAUAGCUGUGUUAAAGCUUUAGUACCUGGCAGUCUUCGAGGAUUUAACAUUUGAGUUCUUAUGAAAUUAAUUUAACAGUAUAAGGAAUAAGCUGUAACAUUCAUAUAGAACAUGUCAGACAUCUGAUAAAUGUUACUUACCAAAUGGAAGUGAAAGCAACAUGGUGAGGAAAAUAUUGUCCUUGCCUCAAGCAAGCUUCUGAAACCUCGGCAAAUUACAGUGGGAUUUUGACAUCCUAAACUUAAUGUGUCUGAAAAUAAAGUUUGUGAUUCAUGAAAUAAAGGACACUAAAGCGAAAUUUUGAAAUAAUGAAAAGUUUAGGCCAAAGAGAUGAAAUAAAAACAGCUGUUGGGAAUGAAAAAUGGCUGUAGGAAUUUAGUUACAAGUACUUCACAAAAACAUUUUCAUCACAUUUACAUAAUGCAGCAUCACAACACAAAGCAGGCUGCUGUCCUGACCAAGCACAUUCGCUUAUCAUCUAACAAAAAUAAUUUAGAUACAUUUCUGUGCAUGGAAUUAUCAUAUAGGUUUUCAUUUUUUUGGUACAAAACAUAGAAAAAAACAGUGGCACAUUAUGUAGUGAUGUCAUUUUUUUUCUUCCCAUUUCCUAGUUUCCAGUGUUCUGCAUUCCAAUUCAGUCUCUGUUUAUACCUCUGAAAAAUGCAGCAUGGAGUACAGAGGAUUUGAAAAGAAAAUGAAGCUAUUUUGUUUACGGAGUUUCUAAUAUUUACAAUACAUAGAGAACAGGUGGCCGGUAAAAGAGAAAGGAAAAUCUCAAGUCUGACUUUAUGGAGAUCACAGAAAGUUUUCAAAAGAGCUGUAUAAAAAUAUGCACUUGUGCUUUAGAAGCUUUUAGCAUACAAUUAAUAGCUUAAAAUAGUAUUUACUGCUUCCCCUUACGUCUGUUUUCUGAUAUAUUUACACACCUUGCAGUCUUUUCUGUUUUACAUCAUUAAAGCAAAAUGGCAAGGUCUCAAAUAUAGAUUAAAAACAUCUGAACCCUGAAACUUCCCCAUCCCUCCCCAAAUACAUUAUGUAUAGAUGGUAACUGCGUAACAUACUCCAUGGACUUGUACCCAGGAAAUUCAGAUUGCUUUAAUAAAAAUUUUUUACUGUGAA